AUGUUUGCAAGCUGUCUUUUACUUUUACUGCUGAAGACGUGGUCGUACGUUGGAUGCAAUCCCACGAUUGGAGAUGUAGUCGUGGACAGAUAUUCGAUACCAAAACUUUGUCCCAGAGAAGUUAAAAGUGGGGAUUAUGUUCGUUAUCACUACAAUGUGACAUUCCAAGAUGGAAAAACAUUUGAUUCGAGGUAAGAUACAAAUAAUAAUAAUCUUUGUCAAGAUUUUGAAGCACUCUGAAUAAAAUGUGUUGAGGUCCGUUAUUUCGUGUCUUUGUCUCUUUUUGUUGAUGUAGCCUUUCUUUUGCAAAAAUUAUUAACAUACCGUGGGCUAUUAUAAUCAUCUGUACGCUAGUAUAUUCUGCAGUCCUGACAAAAGUUCAAGAAGUGCGUUCGUUACAUUGUAGCCAUCUAUCCUAAAAUAAAGACAAUUAUGUUAUCAUGUAUAUGGCUAUUAUGUAUCGGACAUAUUAUUUAUAUAAUAAAGCAAAGGAAUUAUAUGCAAAACAUGGAAAUUAUUUGACUGCAGCUUGCCUAUCGUAUAGCAUAGUUAGCCUACAGGUUUUGCAGAAUGGAAUGCAAUCACGGCCAUCUUUUGAAAUUGUUACAAACUAUAAGCAGUUUAAUAAACUAAGGUAUUCAUUCGCAAAAGGAAUAACAAUUAUUUGAAUGCAUGAACUUCUAUACAAAUGAAUGCCAAGGAAAAUCCUAUUGCCCUAUUCUUUCUGCAUAGGCCUACUAUUUUCUGUCUAACUCUGUCAUCCUUUCAUGUCCUGGCCUGCUCAGCUAUGAGAGAGGAGCUGCGUCGGUAGGACAGACAGGCCAGGGCCGGCUCAUCGCUGGCAUCGACAAAGGGAUCCUGGGCAUGUGCGUCAACGAGAAGAGAAAAGUCACCGUGCCCCCACACCUUGCCUAUGGCAGCCUUGGAGCAGGUAGUCUACACCGAGUCAUAUCGUUUACUUUACCGUGUAAUGUCUUUAAAUCAACAGAAUGAGAGCUAAAAUGGCCACCACAGUGGAAUUCUAUUUUACAAAGUUGGUAUAAUGCAUUAUGAUGCAGUCAUAAUGCAUUCAAAUACUUGUCAUAAGUGUUUAUGAACUGCUUAUAAUGCCUUAGUAUUGUCUUAUAAUGAACUUGAGUUAUUAGCCAUUGUAUUGCCAUAUAGGAAAAUGAAUAUGUUGAUUUAACAUUAUAGGGCCUUAUAAAUGGUUAUAACAAGAACAAGUAAUGUUACAAUAUAUUCACUGGUAGGCAACUACAGCACCCUCAUAUUGAGGCAUCAUCAAAAAUAUAAAAAAAAAUAAGUAAAUAGACAUACAAAACAUAUUUAUACAUCCAAAAGGCGUAGAAACGUUUUAAUCUAAUUGUCUAUUUGAAUGUACUACUGUACAUUUACUACUUAUCCACUGUCAGGUGAUGUGGUCCCUCCUGACAGCACUCUGGUGUUUGACCUGAUGCUAUUGGACAUGUGGAACAAGGCUGACCUGGUCGUGACUGAAACCGUCAGCAGUCCCCAGGACUGCAAACGCUCUGUGAAGCGCACAGACUUUGUGCGAUACCAUUUCAAUGGUACCCUUCUGGACGGGACCCCCUUCGACUCCAGGUGAGUCCACUCCUGGACAGGGAGUGAAAGAAUGAGGGUCAGGGUGGACAGAAAUGGUAAGGGUGCCAUUAUUAGUGUGGGCUGAAUUUCGACCCAUAGGAUUUAUUUUAUGAAUAAAUACAUUGUGAAAUCAGGGUGACAUCUUAUUUAAAGGGUACAGACAUAAAGACAUCAUAACUCAUCCAUAAGCCAUACAUAACACAUGUCAACAACCACAAGUUGACAUAGGAUGUCUUAUGUAGACCGACAUAAUUGCAAUGUACAGUGCCUUCAGAAAGUAUUCACACCCCUUGACUUGUUACAACCUGAAUUUAAAAUGGAUUAAAUUGAGAUUUGUUUGUCACUGGCCUACACACAAUACCCCAUAAUGUCAGUGGAAUUAUGUUUUUCAAUUUUUUUAAAAACAAAUUAAUAAAACAUGAAGUGCGAAAUGUCUUGAGUCAAUAAGUAUUCAACCAUUUUGUUAUGGCAAGCCUAAAUAAGUUCAGGAGUGAACAUUUGCUUAACGAGUCACAUAAUAAGUUGCAUGGACUCACUCUGUGUGCAAUAAUAGUGUUUAACAUUAUUUUUGAAUGACUACCUUAUCUCUGUACCACACACAUACAGUGGGGGAAAAAAGUAUUUAGUCAGCCACCAAUUGUGCAAGUUCUCCCACUUAAAAAGAUGAGAGAGGCCUGUAAUUUUCAUCAUAGGUACACGUCAACUAUGACAGACAAAAUGAGGAAAUAAAAUCCAGAAAAUCACAUUGUAGGAUUUUUAAUGAAUUUAUUUGCAAAUUAUGGUGGAAAAUAAGUAUUUGGUCAAUAACAAAAGUUUCUCAAUACUUUGUUAUAUACCCUCUGUUUGCAAUGACACAGGUCAAACGUUUUCUGUAAGUCUUCACAAGGUUUUCACACACUGUUGCUGGUAUUUUGGCCCAUUCCUCCAUGCAGAUCUCCUCUAGAGCAGUGAUGUUUUGGGGCUGUCGCUGGGCAACACGACUUUCAACUCCCUCCAAAGAUUUUCUAUGGGGUUGAGAUCUGGAGACUGGCUAGGCCACUCCAGGACCUUGAAAUGCUUCUUACGAAGCCACUCCUUCGUUGCCCAGGCGGUUUGUUUGGGAUCAUUGUCAUGCUGAAAGACCCAGCCACGUUUCAUCUUCAAUGCCCUUGCUGAUGGAAGGAGGUUUUCACUCAAAAUCUCACGAUACAUGGCCCCAUUCAUUCUUUCCUUUACACGGAUCAGUCGUCCUGGUCCCUUUGCAAAAAAACAGCCCCAAAGCAUGAUGUUUCCACCCCCAUGCUUCACAGUAGGUAUGGUGUUCUUUGGAUGCAACUCAGCAUUCUUUGUCCUCCAAACACGACGAGUUGAGUUUUUACCAAAAAGUUCUAUUUUGGUUUCAUCUGACCAUAUGACAUUCUCCCAAUCCUCUUCUGGAUCAUCCAAAUGCACUCUAGCAAACUUCAGAUGGGCCUGGACAUGUACUGGCUUAAGCAGGGGGACACGUCUGGCACUGCAGGAUUUGAGUCCCUGGCGGCGUAGUGUGUUACUGAUGGUAGGCUUUGUUACUUUGGUCCCAGCUCUCUGCAGGUCAUUCACUAGGUCCCCCCGUGUGGUUCUGGGAUUUUUGCUCACCGUUCUUGUGAUCAUUUUGACCCCACGGGGUGAGAUCUUGCAUGGAGCCCCAGAUCGAGGGAGAUUAUCAGUGGUCUUGUAUGUCUUCCAUUUCCUAAUAAUUGCUCCCACAGUUGAUUUCUUCAAACCAAGCUGCUUACCUAUUGCAGAUUCAGUCUUCCCAGCCUGGUGCAGGUAUACAAUUUUGUUUCUGGUGUCCUUUGACAGCUCUUUGGUCUUGGCUAUUGUGGAGUUUGGAGUAUGACUGUUUAAGGUUGUGGACAGGUGUCUUUUAUACUGAUAACAAGUUCAAACAGGUGCCAUUAAUACAGGUAACGAGUGGAGGACAGAGGAGCCUCUUAAAGAAGAAGUUACAGGUCUGUGAGAGCCAGAAAUCUUGCUUGUUUGUAGGUGACCAAAUACUUAUUUUCCACCAUAAUUUGCAAAUAAAUUCAUAAAAAAUCCUACAAUGAGAUUUUCUGGAUUUUAUUUCCUAAUUUUGUCUGUCAUAGUUGACGUGUACCUAUGAUGAAAAUUACAGGCCUCUCUCAUCUUUUUAAGUGGGAGAACUUGCACAAUUGGUGGCUGACUAAAUACUUUUUUUCCCCACUGUACAAUUAUAUGUAAGGUUCCUCAGUCGAGCAGUGAAUUUCAAACACAGAUUCAACCACAAAUACCAGGGAGGUUUUCCAAUGCCUCGCAAAGAAGGGUCAUCUAUUGGUAGAUGGGUAAAACAAAAUCUGACAUUGAAUAUCCCAUUGAGCAUGGUGAAGUUAUUAAUUCACAUUUGGAUAAUGUAUCAAUACACCCAGUCACUACAAAGAUACAGGCGUGUAGGAAAAAAUAAUAUUACAAACCUUGGAAAAAUCCUAGAGAAAAAAAUCUUUAGGUUAUAGUAUUGUGGUGGCAGCAUCAUGUUAUGGGUAUGCUUGUCAUCAGCAGGUACUAGGGAGUUAGUCAGGAUCCAAAUAAAUAUGAGAGCAAAGUCCAGGAAAAAAAGUUAGAGGAAAAUCCUCCUCAGUCUUCUGGAAACCUAACCCUGGGAUAGAGUUUUCUUUUCAUCAAGACAAUUACACACAUUUUUAUGCCAAAGACACACCAGAUUGGCUUUCCAAGAGAUGUUGAGUGUUCCUUAGUGGUCUAGUCUCAGUCCUGACUUAAAUUUGCUUGAAAAUCAGAGACAAGGUUUGAAUAUUGCUGUCCAUCAAUGAUUCCCAACCAAAUUGAAUGAGCUUGAUCAAUUUUGACAAAAUCAAUUGAUACAUGUUGCCCCUAAGAGUUGUGCAAAGUUGGUAGAAUCCUAUUCCAAAUAAUUCACAGCUGUAAUGGCAGCCAAAGGUGCUUCCACCAAGUAUUAACUCUGGGGCGUGGAGACUUAUCCAAUUAUGAUAUUUAAGUUUUAUCAUUUUUUUCUUAAUUUUGAAAAUGUUCUAUAACUGUCUCACUUUGAAAAUGUGGAGUAGGUUGUGUAGAUCUGUAUUGGGAAAAAAUAAUGUAAUCCUUUUUUUAGAUGUAAUUAUAAGGCAGCAAAAUGUGGAAAAAAAGUUCAAGGGGGUGUAGACUUUCUAUGUUGGCAUAAACAUCCUAUGUCAACUUGAAGUUGUUGACGUUUGAUACUGUGACAUAAUGAAAACACUAACUUGUGGUUGUUAUGUCCUUAUGUCGAUACCUACAUUUGGCCACUGUUGUAGCCUACUGAAACUCAUGAAACUAAAUCGCUAUGCUGAAACUAACCAGUGUGGCAUCAUCUGACAACAAACGACUAAAUUACUAACAAUGAUUUGCUGCUACUGUAGCUGUGAUUUAUUUCACGUCAUGACGUUGCCUGGAAACCCGAUAUUAAAUUGCAUGGAAUUCUUCGUCGGGCAGAAAUGAGCGUUUGAAUCUGGAAGGUUUCCUCUCACAACCUCUACAAGCCAGAAUGUUGAAUAAAAUGAUAUUUGAACGUACUUUACCGGUUGUCCGUGCGGUUGGUCCUUUUAGCGGUAGGAAUGUGAGACAAUAUAUCCACAGGAAAGUAUAAUUACAUAAACUUUUCAAAGCGGUGGUGGUGCGUUCAGAUUUUUACCACCUGAAGCAUGCGCAUAAAAUAAAAAUACAUGCACGAGACACAUGCAUACUUGCGGAGCUCAUGCACAUGUUUACAUGGUUCUGCGCAUGCUUAAAGUGAAAUAAAUCUGAACUCACUACCAGCGCUUUGACAAGUUUAUGUAAUUAUACUUUCCUGUGGAUAUAUUGUCUCAGAUUCCUAGCGCCAAAAUAACCAACCGCGCGGACAACCGGUAAAGUACUUUAUUAAACAUUCUUGCUUGUAGAGGUCGUGAGCGAAAACGUUCCUGAUUCAAACACUCAUUUCUGGCAAUUUAGAAUUAUAUGCAAUUCAACGUCAGGUUUCCAGGCUAAUCAUGAAGAUUAAUGUUUCCGAAUAUCACACACACAACCCUGAAGUCAACUGAACUCCCGUCCAAAUAACAGUCCUCUCUGUGUGUGUGUUUGUGUGUGUUUGUACCGUGUUAUCCAGGUGUGUGUUAAGAGGGGGAGGAUGUGUGUAUUUGACUUUGCGCUUGUAUGAGCCCCACGUAGCUACAACAAGGGGCAGACUCACGACAGCCUGGUGGGGGAGGGCUGGCUGAUCAAAGGCAUGGACGAGGGCCUACUGGGCAUGUGCGUGGGGGAGACCAGAAACAUAAUUAUUCCACCCUUCCUGGCCUAUGGAGAGAAAGGAUCUGGUGAGUACAAGAAUAGAAGGAGGGGAUACAGUUAUACUAGAGAGGUGGGAGUGGGGUGGGAUUAUUCAUGUUUUCUUUUUACCCGGGUCGUAUUCAUUAGGCAACUAACUGAAGAAAGAGGGAGGGUUCUGAAACAGGGAGGGACUACCUGGACUUGUCCAAUAAGAAAUGCUCGUUUUAGUUUGCCGUUGCAAACCGUUUUACUACGGUGUGUCUGAUGAAUAUAAAGUAAGUAGUCUUGCAGUAGCCUUGGCUUGUGCGAGCCGGAACACCUCAUAGGAGCAGGAGCCUAUUUCUUGUUCUGUAGGGUGAGGCAGCUUGAUGUAUAGUACACCCCCUGGACAGGACGCUAGUCUAUCACAGGUCCAAUUUUCACAGUCUUUCGUAUGACUCGGCCGAUUGAACGCCAACCUUCCAAUCUCAGGGCGGACACUAACCACAAGGCCACACAUGAAUAUGACCCUGGUUAAAUGUACCACCUGUUUUUCUAAACUGGUAAGAAAAAAUUAAAAAAUGGAUUGUGUUGAAGGGUUUAAUUGAUUCCUCUAUCUGUUUUAAUCAGCAUUGACAUCUCUCUACCUAUAGGUCCACAUAAAUAGUCUGAAAAACAGUCUGUAAACAGCAGUCAGACUCAGUGAUCCCUCCAUGUGUGUACUGUAUGUCGUAUUUGACACCUGUUUGAUUGAUCUGGUUGGUUUAUUGAAUAACACCCAGUCUAUAUGUAUCAAAGUCCAGACAGACUGCUUCUAUGUAAGCUCUGUUGGAAUGCAUUUAUGCUGCAUUUCCAUUGAAGAUUUACCCCAGUGUUUUACCCAGGGCCUUGCCUUAGCUUGGAGCCAAGGCAAGGCCCUGGGUACUUUUCAGCUGUCAUUUACAUAACAAUGGCUAACUGUGAACUUUAACACCUUCUCACAAAGCAACAGACUUGAAUGAUACAGAGGUUGUUGAUUAUGCUCACCACAAAUCUUUAAAAAUGUUUUAAAAAAGGUAUAAUCUUUGUAAAUUAUAUCAUACAUAGUCUUUAAUGUCACACUCCUUUUAAAAAUACUAUACAUUCUUUUUCCUUUUAUUUCUUUACAUUCCAAAAACCAAAAACAAACGUAUAUAUACAGUACGAACGACAACUUACAGACACAUACAAUGCCUACAUCUCAUCAGCCCAGGCACGCCGGCUCACACCCCAAUCCCUAAUGCCUGCAUUGUUUGCCACUUGGUCUUAAAUUGUACCAAUUUGUUUUUCUCAGUCGCCCAUUCUAUUUCAAUAAUUAAAUAAUUAAUCAUUAGAUUUUUCCAUUGUGCCAAUGAUGUAAUAUUGAUUGACUUCCAAGUUUUUAGUAUAAUUUUUUUUCCCAAAUGAGUGAUGAGAAAAGAAUAAUCCAGCCCAUUGGGUAUCUCACUACACCCCCAUAUGUCAUGUCUUGAAAUAUGUAGACAGAUGGAUUAAAAGUAUGUUUAUAUUGUAAUACUAUUGACAGCCAACUUUCUAGCUCCACCCACAACUUCCGAACUUUAUAACAUUCCCCAAAAAGCAUGGAUUAUUGAGUCAUUAUUAGUUUUACAUUUGAGACAUGACUCUGCUGUUGUGCUGUAGAAUUUGUGAAUUGUGUCUCUUGUAUAAUACAUUCUAUACAUUAGUUUAUACUGGAUUAAGCGUACAUUUUCGUUAACUGUAAUUUUGUUAGUUAUACUCCAACUUUCCCUCCAUCUUAUGCCAACAUCAGUUCUUUUUAAAUCUUGGUUCCAAUAGUUUAUAUUUGUUUCUAAAAGAUUGUCAGUUGGAUAUGCUCUCUGUAGGUUUGUUUCCUAUCAUAUGAACAAGGUUACUCUGAUGUCCAAAAGAUUUCAAAUCGAAAUUUCAUGAUAUAUAACUUUUAAGUUGCAUGUAUUUGAAACUAUCUACAUCGGUCAGUCCAAAAUUACUUUUUAAUUCUGUCAUGGAAAUAAAUGUAUUUCCUGUUACCAAGUCAUUUACGGUUUCCAUGCCUUUAGUUUUCCAUGUGGGCCAAUUUAUCGAUGAAUUCUGAAGAGCUAACCAAGGAUUAUUCCAUAAGGCUUCUAGGGAGUGAUAUUGGUUCUUGUAAAAUAUGUUUCAUUUUCUUCCAUAUCGUUAUAGUGUUCUUAACUAUACAUUUGUUAAUGUUAGUGUCACACUCCUGAUGGAAACACAAAAACACUAGAGCUCACAUUAACAUAAAACACUGGUGACACCCUGGUGUGGGGGUAAGUCUAAUUGGAAAAGUACCAUUACCAUAUGCGCAUGUUCAGUGCUGUUUCAUUGUUUGGUGUUUACAGCCUUCAAUCAGCAUUGAUUCCUCUGCCCACGGAUUGAUUUAGACGAUCAGACAGACAUACUGUUACUCUGUACAGCCUUUUUGACUGACUGCUUCUAUCUCCUUCAGGUAAAGAGAUCCCGUCCCAGGCCACCCUGGUGUUUAAUGUCCUCCUGGCUGACCUACACAACCCCAAGGAUGACAUCACCGUGGAGAACCAGGUGAUGCCCGAGUCAUGCGUGCGCAAGUCUGUAGCCGGGGACUACAUGCGUUACCACUACAACGGAACCUUCCUCAAUGGGGUCACCUUUGACACCAGGUGAGCUAUUUUAUUUUAUUUUACCUUUAUUUAACUAGGCAAGUCAGUUAAGAACAAAAUCGUAUUUACAAUGACGGCCUACACCGGCCAAACCCAGACAACGCUGGGCCAAUUGUGCGCCGCCCUAUGGGACUCCCAAUCACGGCCGGUUUUGAUACAGCCUGGAAUCGAACCAGGGGGUCUGUAGUGACGCCUCAAGCACUGAGAUGCAGUGCCUUAGACCGCUGCGCCACUCGGUAGCCCAGCAUGUCCAGUUGUCAUGCGCUGCGUCUCAGUAGUCUAAAAUGGCAUAAUGUAAGACUGAAAAUACUUAUUUAAUGAUGACUGUUCUUUUAAGCAUAUGUUGACAACGUCUGUCAUUGCUUGUCAUAUUGAAUCCCUCCUCUCCCUACAGCUACCGGCGGAACAACACAUACAACACCUACAUUGGGAUGGGCUACGUGAUCUCUGGCAUGGACAAGGGCCUGCAGGGGGUGUGCAUCGGGGAGAGAAGGAGGGUCACCCUGCCCCCCCACAUGGCCUAUGGAGAGCAGGGAGCAGGUGUGGCUUAGUCCAGGGCAGUUUGAGGGGCAUCUUUUAUUGGUAGUUACAGUAGAUUAGUUAGGUAGUUAGCUUUUAUGGUAGUUAGUGGUCAGGGUUGUAAGCAUCUCAAAUAUGAUAAUUGUUAUUUCCUGGUUGAAAAUACAAUCUACACAGGACCUUCUAAUCACCAGGUUUGCAUGGGCGGGAGUUUCGGCUUGCCUGGUGACAUCAUUGCUUGAGAAAUAGUUUAUUGCUAAAAAGCAGUUUCUGUCCAUUUUAAUGGAAACUAUUACCGUAAGGUACUUCAUUGUAACCCAGAAAUUAUUUGAUAUUGAUAUAGAAAUGGCUACAUUGGGCCUUUAAAUCCAAUUUGUGUGGGAAGACACCUUAAAUGUAUGAUUUAUUAUGUAUAAUUAUGAAGUGCAUACCUGUGUGAAAUAUGUAUAAAUAUGAUUAAUUUGGUCUAAAAUGUAACAGAUAGCCCAAUAGCUAGCUAUAAUUUAGGCACAACAUUAUAUAUCAAAUUAUACAAUACAUUAUUCUACAGUGUGGUUUGUAUUACUGACUGAGGCCCAGUUUGAACCUCUCCGUCUUGCCGUAACAGGGAAGGAUAUCCCAGGCUCGGCCGUGCUGGUCUUCGACAUCCAUGUCAUCGACUUCCACAACCCCAAGGACACUGUGGAGGUCCAUGUGACCCACAAGCCUGAGGUGUGUAACUUGACGAGCGAUGUGGACGAUCUAAUCCACUACCACUACAACUGCUCUCUGCUGGACGGCACCCGACUCUUCUCCUCGUGAGUACAUUGACCAGGGUCGUGUUCAUUAGGCACCAAUAGGAAGAAAACAGAUUUGAAACCCUCAUGUGGAACCUUUUGUAUUGACGGUCUAAUUAAUUUGUGGUGUACUUCAUUUUGAUUAUAUCUUAUCUCUAAAACGGCCGUCGUUGAAAAGGAAAUACAGAUUGAAGACAAUGCAGUUGACAGACAUGCUCCAUAUGUAGUUUUGACGCUCCCUUACCUGUUCGUAUGUCGCUUGUGCUCAGGAGUGACUACGACAACCUGCAGGACACGGUGCUGGGGGCGGACAAAGUGAUUGACGGUCUGGACGAGAGUCUGAGGGGCAUGUGUGUGGGUGAGAGGAGGACUGUCAUCAUCCCCCCCCACCUGGGCCACGGAGAGAAAGGGGGUGAGAAAGACGUUCACCAUCAGGGGAGGACAGGGCCACAAUACAAUACAAACAAUACGCUUCCCUCAACUAAGAAUGCACCAGUGGGAGUAUAAUAGCGCAAUCACAUACCGAUCAUCCCCAUAUUAUAUAGUACAUGCAAUAUUAUGUAAAUUCAUACAAGAAAAUCACAGUGGUGUAGACCUGGGCCAAAUAUAUUCAAAUACUUGGGCCGCUCUUGAUUUGGUUUGCCUGGUAUAAUGGAACCAAUUUAAUUGUCCCAAAAAGUGCAAACUCCAAGCUAAAUCAAGUGCAUGAUUUGGCAUGGGCCCUCAGAUCCUCAAAAAGUUCUACAGCUGCACCAUUGAGAGCAUCUUGACUGGCUGCGUCACCGCUUGGUAUAGCAAUGGAUUGGCAUCCGACAGCAAAGGCGCUACAGAGCGUAGUGAGUACGGCCCAGUACUUCACUGGGGCCGAGCUCCCUGCCAUCCAGGAGCUCUAUACCAGGCGGUGUUCAGAGGAAGGACAUAAAAAUGGUCAAAGACUCCAGCUCCCAAGUCAUAGACUGAUCUCUCUGCUGCCGCACUGCAAUCGGUACCGAUGCACCAAGUCUGGAACCAACAGGAUCCUGAACAGCUUCUACCCCCAAGCCAUAAGACUGCUAAAUAGUUAACCAAAUAGCUACCCGCUUAGUCACUUUACCCCUACCUAUACCUACAUACAGUGGGGAAAAAAGUAUUUAGUCAGCCACCAAUUGUGCAAGUUCUCCCACUUAAAAAGAUGAGAGGCCUGUAAUUUUCAUCAUAGGUACACGUCAACUAUGGAUUUUUAACUAAGGAUUUUUAACGAAUUUAUUUGCAAAUUAUGGUGGAAAAUAAGUAUUUGGUCAAUAACAAAAGUUUCUCAAUACUUUGUUAUAUACCCUUUGUUGGCAAUGACACAGGUCAAACGUUUUCUGUAAGUCUUCACAAGGUUUUCACACACUGUUGCUGGUAUUUUGGCCCAUUCCUCCAUGCAGAUCUCCUCUAGAGCAGUGAUGUUUUGGGGCUGUCGCUGGGCAACACGGACUUUCAACUCCCUCCAAAGAUUUUCUAUGGGGUUGAGAUCUGGAGACUGGCUAGGCCACUCCAGGACCUUGAAAUGCUUCUUACGAAGCCACUCCUUCGUUGCCCGGGCGGUGUGUUUGGGAUCAUUGUCAUGCUGAAAGACCCAGCCACGUUUCAUCUUCAAUGCCCUUGCUGAUGGAAGGAGGUUUUCACUCAAAAUCUCACGAUACAUGGCCCCAUUCAUUCUUUCCUUUACACGGAUCAGUCGUCCUGGUCCCUUUGCAGAAAAACAGCCCCAAAGCAUGAUGUUUCCACCCCCAUGCUUCACAGUAGGUAUGGUGUUCUUUGGAUGCAACUCAGCAUUCUUUGUCCUCCAAACACGACGAGUUGAGUUUUUACCAAAAAGUUAUAUUUUGGUUUCAUCUGACCAUAUGACAUUCUCCCAAUCCUCUUCUGGAUCAUCCAAAUGCACUCUAGCAAACUUCAGACGGGCCUGGACAUGUACUGGCUUAAGCAGGGGGACACGUCUGGCACUGCAGGAUUUGAGUCCCUGGCGGCGUAGUGUGUUACUGAUGGUAGGCUUUGUUACUUUGGUCCCAGCUCUCUGCAGGUCAUUCACUAGGUCCCCCCGUGUGGUUCUGGGAUUUGUGAUCAUUUUGACCCCACAGGGUGAGAUCUUGCGUGGAGCCCCAGAUCGAGGGAGAUUAUCAGUGGUCUUGUAUGUCUUCCAUUUCCUAAUAAUUGCUCCCACAGUUGAUUUCUUCAAACCAAGCUGCUUACCUAUUGCAGAUUCAGUCUUCCCAGCCUGGGGAAGGUCUACAAUUUUGUUUCUGGUGUCCUUUGAAAGCUCUUUGGUCUUGGCCAUAGUGGAGUUUGGCAUGUGACUGUUUGAGGUUGUGGACAGGUGUCUUUUAUACUGAUAACAAGUUCAAACAGGUGCCAUUAAUACAGGUAACGAGUGGAGGACAGAGGAGCCUCUUAAAGAAGAAGUUACAGGUCUGUGAGAGCCAGAAAUCUUGCUUGUUUGUAGGUGACCAAAUACUUAUUUUCCACCAUAAUUUGCAAAUAAAUUCAUUAAAAAUCCUACAAUGUGAUUUUCUGGAUUUUUUUUCCUCAAUUUGUCUGUCAUAGUUGACGUGUACCUAUGAUGAAAAUGACAGGCCUCUCUCAUCUUUUUAAGUGGGAGAACUUGCACAAUUGGUGGCUGACUAAAUACUUUUUUCCCCCCACUGUAUCUACCUCAAUUACCUCCUACCCCAGCACAUCAACUUGGUACUGGUACCCUGUGUAUACAGCCAAGUUAUAGUUACUCAUUGUGUUAUUUUUUCUCUCUCUGCAUUGUUGGGAAGGGCACGUAAGCAUUUCACUAUUAGUCUACACCUGGGUUCCAUGUGUUUGAUACCGUUCCAUUUCAAUUAUUUUAAAGUGACACCAGUCUGCACUAGUGAGACUCAUGCAUAAAGGCGUUUCAGGUUCAGGUCAUACUUUACUGUAGUCCCACUUAUGCAUGUAUUCAUAAAGACUUUAUAACAGCUGCAUUGACGUUAGAACUGAAAGAUGUUAUGUUUUAUGUAGCUGUUAUAAAGACUAAGAAUGCAUACUUAAGAGGGGGCUACAGUAAAGUAUUACCCAGGUACACAUACCGUACCAGUGUUGCUCUUUCACACUCACUCAAUGUCUCUCUUCCUCUCCUCCAGCCACUGGUGUGCCAGGCAGUGCAGUGCUUCACUUUGAACUGGAGCUGAUGGACCUGCAGAAAGGAGUGCCGGAGGGCUACCUGUUUGUGUGGGUGGAGGACGCCCCGCUGGAGCUCUUCCAGGCCCUGGACAUAAACCAGAACGGAGAGGUGCCCAUAGAGGAGGUAUGCUCUCUACCGCACAGCUGGAAUAGACUAGUAGAAAAUAGAUGGAUCAAACCAGUUUGGCUAAUAUUGAUGGGAGUUAUAAAGUACCGUCUACUCCAUUGAAGUGCAAUAGAGUUUUCCAGUCCCAGUUCAAUGACAUUCGUUUUAUAGCUCUUGAUAACGGCAUACGCUGGUUUAGUGCACGCCUGCACGGUGUCACACUUGUCCCAAGUAGUUGCAUUAAUUAGGAGUUGACUGUACACGAACACCCACCCUUUUGAAGAUUACAAUGUUUGAUUGGGAUCUCAUAUGCUAUUUAGCGACCUAUUUAGUCAAACAAACUGCUUCUGCAAACAUGUUCGUGUAAAACAACGGUCAAACUGUCAUUUGUCACGAUUAACACGAAACAUGGCUGUAACUCCUCUUCACACCUCUCUCUUUUCUCUCUAUAUUCAUCCAGUUUGGAGAGUUCAUCAUGCUGCAGGUGGCGGAGGGUAAAGGUCGUAUGAAGCCAGGGAUGGACCCUGACGAGAUCAUUGCUGACAUGUUCAGGAACCAGGACCGCAACAAGGAUGGGGUCAUCGUCGCUGAGGAGCUCAAAUUGAAGGUGGAGGAGGACAAAGAGAGAAUGCACGAGGAGUUGUGAUGAGGAGUGCACACACAUUGGUUGUGUUCGAGAAUAUACAUUUUGUGCAGUAAUUGGUCACUGACUGAGCAAACUGACUGAUCUACAAAUAAUCAUGAGUAGUUAUUUAGGACACAAAGUCAUUUGUAGAUCAGUCCAAACCCUCGCACACACACUAGUUCCAAUCAUCCGCCGUCGCCCCGAAGUGUGCACUUGUCCUCGUGGAUUUAUAAUAUAAAGCAUUGGAUUGGAGUGAACAAGUGCACAUUUCGGUGACAAUGGUAGAUCUACUCGAAUAUUCUCGAGAAUCGGACCACAGCCUCUCUCUCUCAGGGACGGACCACACACACCUAAAAAUAUUCCAAGAGAGACCUUUUUUUAUACAGUGAAAUGUUGUUUUAUUCAGUGAUACCUUAACAGGUGCCAUACAUUUUAGAUGGUGGGUAAAUAAGUCUUACAAGAGUAAUAGUUCUGUGUUGCAUGAUUUGGUCAUGUUUGAUAAAGUGCUAAAAAAAUUAUUGCUUUGACAAAUCGACCUACCAAACCAGCACCUUAUGUUCCUGAUCUGAUGUUUACACCAAUAAAACAUUUUUUUGAAAAAUAAAGGUUUUUUUUUUUUUGUU